AUGACAGUCACAUUAUUUGUCUUUAUGAGUGAGAUCAGCAAAACACGCACAGAGAAUGGAGGAAGAGACCCCAAGAGUGUUCAUGUUCUACUUCUUCCCUAUCCAGUACAAGGCCACAUAAUCCCAUUGCUCCAAUUUGCCUAUCGCCUUGCUAGCAAUGGCAUCUGGGCCACCAUCGUGACCACGAUUAGAACUCUAAACGAUUUUAACAAGCUCAACGCCACAUUGGAUGACCUCAUAGCUCGACUCAAUGCACAGAGUUCCCGACCCGUCUACCUCAUCUAUGACUCGUUCCAUACGUGGACCUUGAAUGGGCGAUCUCGACAUGCGAACAGGACCCGAUGCAUGUUUUUGCUUCGGGGAUUGCCACCACUGGGCUUACAAAACUUGCCAUCGUUUAUUAGCAAGGUCGUCGGUAAUCCUUUCUACCUCAAGUUGUUGUUGGGCCAGUUCAAAAGCAUAGAGAAGGCAGAUUAUGUGCUCAAGAACUCAUUUGAUAGCUUUGAAGGAGAAGGGAAGCUUGCAGACUGUCUCAAUUUGCUGGAUCAAAGAGCAACCAGAUCAGUAGUGUAUGUUUCCUUCGGGAGCAUGGCUGUUUUGCCCACCGAGCAAAUGGAGGAGAUUGCUAACGCCUUGGGCUCGAGCAAGCGGCCUGUCCUAUGGGUGGUGAGGCCCCCCCUCGCACACCUAAAGGGCGGGAAUUCCCUCCUAGAGGGAUUUGUAGAGGCCAAACCCGAGCAAGGGCUCGUGGUGCCGUUGUGCCCCCAGCUUGAUGUCCUAGCACAUCGAGCCAUUGGUUGUUUCGCGACUCACUGUAGGUGGAACUCGACAUUGGAGGGGCUAGGAGUCUCCAUGAUCACAGCUCCUCUGAGGAGUGACCAACCGACGAACUCAAAAUUUGUUUCUGACGUCUGGGAGAUGGGGUUGCGAGUUGGGGUCGACCAAAAUGAAGUGUUUCGCAGAGAAGAACUGGAAAGGUGGCCAUGGAAGGGGAGAGGGGCUCUCAGUUGA